AUGACCCUCUACUUCUCCUUAGUGUUUGCCCUGCUCAUGGCAGAGAUGGGCCUCUUCCUGGUGCUCAUCACCCCACUGCCGUUCGCUGCCAAGCGAAAGAUGUACAGAUUUCUCUCUGAAAAUCCCGUCGUCGCCAAAAUACAGUAUGGCAUGAAGAUCGCCUUCAUCUUCAUCCUGAUCCUGUUCGUCGACAGCGCCAACCGUGUCUAUCGCGUCCAGGUCGAGCUGUCCACCCUGGCCGAGAACGGCAACGGUGCUGCGAUCAUGGGCCGUGAGCGCCUCGAGGUCCAGGCCCGCAAGUUCUACAGCCAGCGCAACAUGUACCUCUGCGGUUUCACCCUCUUCCUGUCGCUGAUCCUCAACCGCACCUACACCUUGGUCAUCGAGGUGCUGCGCCUAGAGGAGAAGAUCAAGACCUUUGAGGGCCCCGCCGCCAAGCAUAGCGCUAAGCUGGCUGCUGCUGGGGAUGGCGAGGUCGCCAAGCUGCGCAAGGAGCUGGACAGCAAGGAUAUCGACCUGAAGACGCUCAAGAAGCAGGCCGAGGCUCUGCAGCGCGAGUACAACGAGCUGAGCGACAAGUACGCUGCCACCCAGGGCUCCGCCGGCCCGAAAAAGACCAAAUGA